AUGUCGACUUCACGCGAAGAAGGACGUCGAGCGGACAAGCAUGCAGCAGCUCGCUCUCAAAUGCUGUCCGAGUUCGAGCGUCAGAAAGCUGAUCUGGCGGCCCAAGCGGAGAAGAAUGCUAGAGGGGCGAACGAGAGAUUUGUAGGAAACUCGGAAAGUAUCGAAGAGUCCUUGAAGAAGCAGACUGUCGGUUUGGUCACUGCGGAGGAUUUCAAGAGGAAGCGCGAAGAGCUGGAAGAGGAGAAGAGGAAGUUGAACGGCAAGGCGGCGGCGACGGGCGCACCCGAGAAGAAGAAGAAGAAGGACAAAAAGCAACCAAAGGCUACGCUAUCCUUUGCAGAUGAAGACGAAGAGGACGCGGCUCCAGUGACGAAGAAGGUCAAGAGCGAAGCGGUCAAGGUCAGAACGAACCUCAAAAACCCCGGCGUGGACACUUCCUUCUUGCCGGAUCGAGAUCGAGAGCAGAGAGAGGCUGACGAGAGGGAAGCCCUCAGAAAGGAAUGGCUGGCAAAGCAAGAGACGAUGAAAAAGGAAGAGAUUGAGAUCACAUACUCUUACUGGGACGGUAGUGGACAUCGACGUACAGUCAAGUGCCUCAAAGGAGAUUCGGUCGCGCAAUUCCUCGAAAAGUGCAGACAGCAAUUCACCGAGUUGCGCACACAGUCUGUCGACAAUCUAAUGUACAUUAAGGAGGAUUUGAUUAUCCCACACCACUACACCUUUUACGACUUCAUCGUCAAUAAGAGCAGAGGCAAGAGUGGACCACUGUUCAACUUCGACGUCCACGAAGACAUUCGAAUGAUCUCAGAUGCUCGUGUAGAGAAAGACGAGUCGCACGCUGGCAAAGUCGUCGAGAGGUCAUGGUACAAUCGUAACAAGCACAUUUUUCCCGCCUCUCGCUGGGAGCAAUUCGAGAUGGGCAAAGAUUAUGGAAGCUACUCCAUCGCCGAUCGCUCUUGA